UGCACUGCAAGUCAACUUGAAUGCAUUGCUUUGCCUUUGAGUCUGAGAAACUUUUCAGAGAUUGCCAAUCGCUCUUGAUAUGAUCCACAUCUGAACGGCAUGAAGGAUGGGAGAUGCGGCCAUGACCGCCGCUAGCUUUACAAACAUUCCGACAAAGGAAGCGGCAACUCUCAAGGGGCAUGAGGGGGCUGUCUUGUCGGUGCGCUUCAACUAUGAUGGGAAGUAUUGCCUUACCACCGGCAAGGAUCGAUCGAUUAGGCUUUGGAACCCUCACAAAGGGUUAGCAAUAAAGUCAUACCUUGGCCAUGGACACGAGGUGCGAGACGUGGCAGCAGCAAGUGACAAUGGGAGGUUGGCGUCCUGCGGAGGCGAUAAGCAAGUCUUCCUGUGGGAUGUUUCCACGGGGAGGAUCAUCCGGCGAUUCAGGGGCCAUGACAGCGAGGUGAAUGCCGUCUGUUUCAAUGAUGAAUCGUCGGUGGUCGUGUCGGCGGGCUACGACCGCAGUAUUCGAGUUUGGGAUUGCAGGUCGCAGAGCGCUAAUGCCAUACAGUCCUUGGAGCACUUCAGCGACAGCGUGACCUCCAUUGCUUUGACCAAAUCCGAGAUCGUGGGUGGCAGCGUCGAUGGAACGGUGCGCACCUUUGAUAUCCGGCAUGGCAGGGUGACGAGCGACCACCUGGGCCAGCCCGUGACUUGCAUCAGCCUUUCUAACGAUGGCAACUGCAUCCUGGCAGGCUGCCUGGACAGCACCCUCCGCUUGAUUGACAGGGCCUUGGGGGAUGUUCUCAACGAGUACCGCGGGCACACAAACAAGUCGUACAAGCUGGGCAGCUGCUUCAGCAACGAUGACGCGGACCGCCUUCCAGGCACACGCUGGCACGGUGACCGGCCUCGCAUUUCACACGGCCCAGCCCUGUCUGCUGACAUGUUCUGUGGAUGGGACUGCCAAAGUGUGGACCACAUGAGCGGCUCGAAGCAUUCUACGGUGGAGCUUGGGCAGUUGUGGCGCCAGUUACUGUUGAAGGAGGUCUUGCACGAGGACAAGCUUCUACUUCUCAGGGAACAAGCAUGGCGUCCCAGAGAGGGCAGAGAGCACAUUUGA